AUGGAUCUUUGCAUUAUCAUUAAAGGAAUGUCAUUUUUUCUCCAGACAAGUGUCGGUAUAAUAAGUAAUUGUGUCAUUUUACUGUCCUAUGCAACCAUACUCUACAGUAAAUGCAAACUCAUGCCGGUUGACAUAGUUCUUUCCCAUUUAGCCUUUGUUAACAUGAUGGUUCUGCUAACACGAGGAGUUCCACAGACAAUGACGGUUUUUGGAAUAAACCAUGUGCUGAAUGAUGUUUUUUGCAAAGUUAUUGUGUAUAUUUACAGGAUUGUGCGCGCAUUGUCUGUAUGUGUGACCUGUCUGCUGACUGUACUACAAGCUGUUACUAUCUCCCCUAAUAUAAGAUGGUCCUUUGUCAAGCUGAAAGACAUGAAAUUCUUGAGUCUAUCCCUAGUUUCUCUCUGGGUGAUAAAUAUGGCUGUGUGUAUAGCAGCGCCAUUUUUUUCUGCUCUACCAAGAAAUGUCAGCAUUCCUAGUUUCACCUUAAACCUUGGAUUUUGUUAUGUCUAUUUUCCUGAUCAGAUGAGCUACAUUUUCAAUGGCUUUGCAGUAUCUUUCAGAGAUUUUGCUUUUGUUGCAAUUAUGGUUUUUACCAGUUAUUUCAUUUUACGGACUCUGUACAGACAUCGUAAACAAGUUCAGGGCAUCAGAAGACAAAAUGGUGACCGAAACCUGACUGCUGAAACAAAGGCUGCUCAAGAUGUGCUGAGGCUGGUACUGCUGUACGUUAUCUUCUUUGGGAUAGACAAUAUAAUAUGGAUAUACAUGCUGACUGUGUCACAAGUACCUUCAACAAUUACAGACAUGAGAGUUUUCUUCUCAUCCUGCUAUGCUUCAUUGAGUCCCAUUUUGAUCAUUUUCUCCAAUCGAAAAAUUCAGAAUGGCAUAAAGUGUGCAAUGAAGCAGAAAACAGUGGAGGUUUAUGUAUGCCAAAUAUAG